AUGUCUUCCCGGCCGGAAUUGAAGGUCGACGAUGAACACGGCUUCAUUCGCUUCUUCAAGUCGCUCCCGGCCGUCCAUGAAGAUACAGUCCGCAUAUUCGACCGAGGCGACUGGUACACAUCACAUGGCGAAGAUGCCAACUUCAUUGCCCGCACAGUCUACAAGACAACAUCCGUCGUAAGGACACUCGGCCGUGAUGAGAAGACGGGGCUCGCCUCAGUGACAAUGACUGUCACAGUAUUUCGACAAUUCCUUCGAGAAGCACUGUUCAAGCUGGGCAAGAGAAUUGAGAUAUGGGAGAGCACCGGCGGCCGCAUGAACUGGAAGGUUGUCAAGCAAGCUUCGCCUGGCAACCUGCAGGACGUGGAGGAGGACCUGGGUGGCCAGAUUGAGGCAGCACCGAUGAUGCUUGCAGUCAAGAUCUCAACAAAAGCCUCGGAGGCCCGGAGUGUGGGUGUUUGCUUCGCCGAUGCCAGUGUGCGAGAACUGGGUGUCAGCGAGUUCCUCGACAACGAUCUCUUCUCCAACUUCGAGGCCCUUCUCAUCCAGCUCGGUGUCAGAGAGUGUCUUGUUCAGACAGACAAGGCCGAUAAGAAUAAGGAUCCCGAUCUGGCGAAACUGAAGCAGAUCAUCGUCAACUGUGGCGUAGCCGUCUCGGAGCGGUCUGCUGGCGAAUUCGGCACCAAGGAUAUCGAGCAGGACCUGGCACGUCUUUUGAAGGACGAACGCGCCACCACUCUCCUCCCACAAACCGACCUCAAGUUGGCCAUGGGAUCAGCCGCGGCUCUUAUCAAGUACCUCGGCGUUCUCCACGAUUCGUCCAACUUUGGGCAGUACCAGCUGUACCAGCAUGACCUCUCACAGUUCAUGAAGCUGGAUGCAGCGGCGCUCAAGGCUCUCAACUUGAUGCCUGGCGCCCGCGACGGUGCCAAGUCUAUGAGUUUGUACGGUCUGCUGAAUCACUGCAAGACACCUGUCGGUAGCAGAUUGCUGUCGCAAUGGCUCAAGCAACCCCUUAUGAGCAAGGAGGAAAUCGAGAAGCGCCAACAGCUCGUUGAGGCAUUCGUCAACGACACUGAGCUGCGGCAGACUAUGCAAGAGGAGCACCUUCGCUCAGUCCCGGAUCUAUACCGCCUUGCCAAGCGAUUCCAAAGGGGCAAGGCAAACCUCGAGGACGUUGUUCGUGCGUACCAGGUCAUCAUCCGUCUCCCCGGGUUCCUGGGAACCCUGGAGGGUGUCAUGGACGAAGCCUACAGAGAUCCUCUCGAUGAAGCCUACACAACCCCUCUUCGUGAGCUUUCUAAUAGUCUUGCAAAGCUCUCGGAGAUGGUGGAAACCACGGUCGACUUGGAUGCGCUCGACAACCACGAGUACAUCAUCAAGCCAGAGUUCGAUGACAGCUUGAGAAUUAUCAGGAAGAAGCUCGAUAAGCUCAAGAGGGAUAUUGAUCAACAAUUCUCGGAUGCCGCGCGCGACUUGAAGCAGGAAGUCGGCAAGAAGAUCUUUCUCGAAAACCAUAAGGUCCACGGCUACUGCAUGAGACUCACGAGACAGGAAGCCGGUGCGAUCCGCAACAAGUCAGGAUACCAGGAAUGUUCAACACAGAAGAAUGGUGUCUACUUCACAACGAAGACCCUGCAAAGUCUUCGCCGCGAGUUCGACCAGCUGUCGCAGAACUACAACAGAACCCAGAGCAGUCUGGUCAACGAGGUUGUUGGCGUAGCCGCUUCGUACUGCCCAGUCCUGGAGAGACUUGCUGGUGUCCUGGCACACUUGGACGUCAUCGUUUCCCUCGCACACUGCUCAGUCCAUGCACCUUCGGAAUACGUCCGACCCAAGAUUCACAAGCGGGGCGAAGGCCAGACAAUCCUGAAGGAGGCUCGACACCCGUGUCUGGAAAUGCAAGACGACGUACAGUUCAUCACGAACGACGUCACUUUGACUCGCGACAAGUCUUCAUUCCUCAUCAUCACUGGCCCCAACAUGGGCGGAAAGUCGACAUACAUCCGCCAGAUCGGCGUCAUCGCCCUCAUGGCCCAGAUUGGCUGCUUCGUCCCCUGCAGCGAGGCCGAGCUAACCAUCUUCGACUCUAUCCUGGCGCGUGUUGGUGCCAGCGACUCCCAACUCAAGGGCGUGUCCACCUUCAUGGCGGAAAUGCUCGAGACGGCAAACAUUCUCAAAUCGGCAACGGCCGAAUCGCUCAUCAUCAUUGACGAGCUUGGUCGCGGCACAUCAACGUACGACGGCUUCGGUCUCGCGUGGGCCAUUUCUGAACAUAUUGUCAAGGAGAUUGGCUGCUUCGCAAUGUUCGCGACGCACUUCCACGAGCUGACGGCCCUGGCGGACGACCAUCCGCAGGUGCACAACCUGCACGUCACCGCGCACAUUGGCGGCGGCGGCGGCGGCGAGAACAGCAAGCGUGAGGUGACAUUGUUGUACAAGGUCGAUGAUGGUGUAUGCGACCAGAGCUUCGGCAUUCACGUGGCAGAGCUGGUCCGGUUCCCCGACAAGGUCGUGCGGAUGGCGAAGCGCAAGGCUGACGAGCUGGAGGACUUUACGUCCAAGCACGAGGACCUGGGGCUCAAGUACAGCAAGACGGAUAUCGAGGAGGGCAGUGCGCUGCUCAAGGAGGUGCUGCUCAAGUGGAAGGAGGAGGUUGCCGCUGGGCAGAUGAGUAAGGAAGAGAUGGUCUCCAAGCUCAAGGGGCUCGUCAUGGCGGACGAGAAGCUGCUUGCGAACCCCUUUUUCCAGUCUGUCAAGACUUUGUGA